CUCCACCUGCGCAGAAGAUGGACGAUUCGCAGCGAGAGGGAAGGUUGGCCGUGCACGCCGUUCAGUAUUUUAGCACCGUGGAGAGCCUGCGGAGGUCCUGCGAUUUUAAUUAUCCUAUGUAAAUUGUCUCGAGAGUGAGAGACGCAACCAUGCAGAGUGGAAUGAGUGAGCUGAGUGAACUGUACGGGUCCCUGAGUCUUGGGGGCUGCUCAGAGGGAGGCGAUGGCAGCAACCUGGGGACCAUUAUGCGUAUCAACUCCUUCCUCAACAACUCCCUCGACCUCCACAGCCUGACUUCGCCCGACACCAAUGCUGCUGCCUCCCCCACCUCCAAGGCUUCCAUUGACAUGAUGCUGUACGAGUUGAUGAACGGCUCAGGAGCGAUGCAGCUAAAUAACUGGAAGGGCCAGUCUUCGCCUCGGCCUCUUGGCUCUGGUAGCCUGAAGAAGCCGCUGCAGCUGCAGCAGAACAGUAAUGGCGGCGAUCCCAGCAUCCCCCUGAGCCGCCUGCUGGCACAGACAUACAGCUACAGCUCCGACAGUUCCUCCCCCAACCCCCUCACUCCACGCUCCACCUCACAGGGGUGUGGGCGUAACAACAGUGUGUUCGGGUACAUGGACGAGAGUCCCCAGUCCAGCGGGUCCAGCAACUCAAGGCAGUCCUUCAGUUACUCCCAGUCCCCUGCCAGUGUGGGCCGGCGCAUGAAGCCAUCCACGAGCAGCAGUGAACCCGGCAGCCCUACCAUGGGAGAAGCAAUCCUCAUGGGGUGCCAGGAUGCCAACGUUGCCAUGCAUGACUACAACGCCAACAAGGUGGCUGAAGCUGCCACCCUCGCUGACUUGGUGAAUUCUUUGAGUCUUGGCGGCGGCAGCCGAGUCUCCGUCCAGGCAUCUCCAGACAGAGUGACUCGAAGUAGCACUGUGGUGCCGAAUAGUGCCUUGAUGGGUGCCCCCAACCAGCAGGUUUCCUCCAGUAGUGCCUUGCUUGGCCUGCAGCCCCAGCAGCAGUCCCAGGUGUCUCCCAACAUGAGGCAGCUGUCCUCUAGCCUCUCCAAUAGUACCCUGCACUCACCAGCCCCUGUGACCCAAGGCCUGGACCUGAAUGGGUUGACCCAGCUGCAGAAUGCUUGGUUGUCAUCACAGCGGCUGCCCAGCCUGACUGGUCAGAGUCUGAUGACGGGGGAGCAUAACAAAUCCUCUGUGGCACUGGCCAACCUGCUUUCCUCACCAUGCGACCCUUAUUACAUUGAGAAGGCUGCCAAGAUGCACAGGAGUGCUGCUGCCGUGUGUGAUGCAAAUUGCACCUGGAGUGGACCGCUGCCAAUGAAGGUCAACAAAAACCCCGUCUACUCCUGCAAGGUAAGCUUCCCCCUGCACAUGAUAAAAAUUUUUGUAUUUAUUUAUACGUGUUCAUAUGUUAUCCAUUUUUUCAGUAAAAUAAUUGUGUGUCCUCCUAGUCUCCGAAAACUCUCCUAA